AGCUGACAGCGAUCACGUGACCGACGGACCGAGCUAUCAGAUGAUCACGCGUCAUCGUUGCUCUCGAUAACGGAGGUGAUACGCGAUGUGCGUACGUGUAAAGAAACAUAAUUUCCGAUAACCUCGCGGACAAUAACCGUCGUUUUCUUGUUCAUCGAUCCCGAUCAUCGCCAACGGCUUCAUUUACGACAAGACGAUUUGACGGGAGGCAACGCAUAUACCACGGCUAUCAUCUACAAACAACAUGGCGGAGACUAAUCACACGGACUCAUGCGCUACAGGAUCUCACUUCUGGCGACAUAAGGAGACGUUAAAAGUACCCAUGUCACUUUUUCGCAAUAAUCGCGAUCGACUCAUCUCACGUCUUCGUGCAAAGAGCGAAGCUUCUGCCGCAGGCACUUUCGUCCUUCUCCAGGGUGGCGUGGACGUUCCUUUCAACGAUACCGACAUAAACUGGCCCUUCCGACAGGAAUCGUUUUUCCAAUGGUGCUUCGGAGCCGAGGAGCCAGGAUAUUACGGCGCUCUCGACCUCGACAACGGCGUCUCGAUCCUCUUUGUGCCGAGGUUACCGCCCGAAUAUGCGAUUUGGGAAGGCAAAUUAUACACCCUGGACGAAUUCAAGGAACGAUAUUGCGUGGAUGAGACUUACUACACCGAUGAGAUUGCGCGCGUGCUCAAGGAAAAGCGAGCGCGCCUUUUGCUCACGCUGAGCGGCAGAAACAGCGAUAGCGGUUUAUUGGCACGCGAAGCGGUUUUCGACGGUAUCGGCGAAUUCAAAGUAAAUAAUAGUAUCCUGUAUCCGGAAAUAUGUGAAUGCCGGGUAAUAAAAUCUCCUGAGGAAAUUGAGGUAUUGCGGUAUGUGUGCAAGAUAAGUUCGGAAGCGCACAAGGUCGUUAUGCGUUCUAUGCGUCCUGGAACUCCGGAAUAUACGGCAGAAUCUUGGUUUCUGCAUUAUAUAUACGGUACGGGGGGCUGCAGGCACGUGUCCUACACAUGUAUCUGUGGAUCCGGACAUAAUUCCUCCAUAUUACACUAUGGUCAUGCUGGUGCGCCGAAUAAUAAAGUAAUACAGGAUGGAGAUAUGUGUUUGUUCGACAUGGGUGGCAAUUAUUGCGGAUACGCGGCCGAUAUUACGUGCAGUUUUCCGGCCAACGGAAAAUUCACCAAGGAUCAGAAGUUAAUUUACAAUGCAGUAUUGAAGGCGCGCGACGCGGUCAUCGCGGCCGCGAAGCCGGGGAUCGCCUGGACGGACAUGCAUUUAUUAGCAAACAGAGUCAUGUUGACGUCGUUGAAGGAGGGCGGACUGUUGGUAGGCGAUGUCGAGGAUAUGAUGAGAGCAGGUUUGAACGAAGUAUUUCAACCUCACGGACUGGGGCAUCUUUUGGGAUUAGAUGUGCAUGACGUCGGCGGAUAUCUGCCCGAUCAUCCUGAACGUUCGAAGGAUGCAGGAGUAAGGAAGCUAAGAACUGCUCGUACACUGCUCGCCGGAAUGGUCCUCACGAUAGAACCAGGCUGCUACUUCAUAGAUUGCUUGCUGGAUGCAGCUCUGGCUAAUCCCGAUCAGUCAAAAUUCCUCGUGCAAGAAGAAUUGCAAAGAUUCCGCGGUUUUGGUGGCGUCAGGAUAGAAGAUGAUGUCCUUAUAACGGAGACUGGAGUAGAAAAUAUGACGGAUGUUCCUCGCACGAUCGAAGAAAUUGAGGAAUAUAUGCAUAGAGACAAUUUAUGAUAAUUCGGAGAAUUUAAAAACCUUCCAGAAAAUACACAAAUGUUUUCAAAAAGUUGAAUAAUUUGUUUGUUAUUAAUACUGGACGGAUAAAAUUACAUAACGGAAGAUAAUUGUGAUAAGAAAAUCUACCUAUAUAAUUUCCUAUAAAGUAUUAAGCCAUA